AAUGAUACCAUCCAGCUCUUGUUCUCUGUGCUGCUCUUCUUCUUUGCCAUGGGCCGAGUGAAAUUUGCUUUUGUCUACUGUGUUCCUCUACUGUUUAUUUCCACAGCUACUUUCCAGAACACACCUUUAAUUUUGGCCACUAUGUCACUGGAGCGUUAUGUUGCCAUCUUCUAUCCCCUGCAGCGUCCGGCUGCCUGGCGCUCAGACCGUAUCUGGAUCAUUAUUCUGUCUCUGUGGCUCAUCAGCUCUAUUUUCCCUGUGAUUCACUACUCUAUUGGGGAAAUUGAUCCAGCUAUGGAUAUCCUCUCUACCUCUGUGCUUUGCAAAUCCACCCUUGUCAACUCAUCUCCAAUUCAAGAAAUGUUUCUGGUCAUUGUAAAUAUUCUCUUCUUUGCAGUAGUGGCUGUUGUCAUCCUUUUUACAUAUGUAAGAAUCCUGCUGGAAACCAGGAGGAUGAGACAAGAUAAAGUGUCUGUGAACAAAGCCAUGCACACUGUGCUGCUGCAUGGCUUUCAGCUGCUGCUGUGUAUGUUGGCCUUUACUCACCCCAUCACUGAAACUCUCAUAGUGCUGCAUGCUGACUGGAAUCCAGCGGACAUUGCCUUUUUUAAUUAUUUCAGUUUCAUCCUUAUUCCACGCUUUCUCAGCCCACUCAUCUAUGGCUUCAGAGAUCAG